GACAGCAGAUGUCAGAGCACACAGGUGUAUAGAAAUUGACGAGAUACUCAGUGUAAACUCCCAAUGAGAGGUUUUGGUGUGAUUACCUGUAAAAGUGGGAUAUAUUCAACAUUUCAGUUUAAUGGUUUAGUGAUGCACUUUGGGCAAGAUCAUCUGGAUGUGUGGGUUUUUUUCUUUAAGUGUGUGAAUCAGUGAUGUUAUAUUGAGAAUUAUAGUUAACAGACAAGUUUUAUAGAAUGAGGUUUCAGGAUGGAGGGAAAAUCUUGAAAUUCUUUUUGUGAGUUGAUAUCACUCCUCAAAAAAUCGUAAUCAUUAGAUUGAAUUUUUCUUUCAUAAAUUUAUUGAUACUUUAUGCAUUACCUGUAUGUGUGUACAUUCUGUGGACUUUUUCAAUGCUUUUGAAGUUGAGUGAGAUUGCUUGCUUAAGAGUUGAUUAAAUCCAGCAUAUUUUGCAUCUAUAAUUUAAUGUUGAAUUUCACUUCGAUGAUAUGAGUCUCAUGAGAGAGGGAAGUUUUAGUUGAUUAAAUACAUAGAAAGAAAUUACAGGAUUGAAAUUAAUAGAAAUAGGUUUCUAUAACAGAAAGCAGUAAGACCCGAGUUUUCUUUUCAUCAGAUUAAUCUGUGGUUUCUGAGAUGGUUGGUAUUUCUUUGUUAGAGGUAUUGAUAUUUCAUAUUGAUAACAUAUUCAUCAUUAUCCUUUAACUUGAGCAGAUAGUGUAUUCCAGCCAAUCAAUAUUUCUUACAUACAUUUUACGUAUAUCAUAGAAAUGUUCCGUUUAAAGGUCACUUUAUCCUCCGGGGUGGACGGACAUUUUUACAAAGCUUUGUUUUCUUUGAUUCUCAAUCAGAUUUAAGACUUACACCAGUGCUUCAUUGUUGUGAUUAGAAACAAUUUUUUCCAAAUGCUUCCUAUUGAUUUUAAACAAAUUACAAUAGGAGUUUGUAUUUCUUGCUCUGCAUUGAGAUCUCAAUAAUAGAGAGAUUUUCUACUCUUUAAUGGAGGAUAUAGAAGUUUAGCAGGGGAAUAUUUAGUCUGCAUAGGUUAAUUCUUAAAGGGAAUCUGUCGUACUUUCAGAGUUCUGCGGUUUUUUAAAUCAUGAGUUAUGGUGUUUGACAUCAACACAUUCAGGAUACCAAUUUCAGUCGUGGAAUUCUGUAAUUGGAGAUUGGAAUAUUUAGAUUAAUGUUUCUGCUGGAAUAAUUAAGUAUGUUUCGGUGUCUUAUGUCAUCUGUUGAACUGGGAUUUAAAUAAAUAUUUAAUAGGGAAAUGGAGCUAAGCAAUUUCAUUUGAAUUGGUCAGAAUGAGGAAUAUGGAGGUGUUCAGCUCAGUUGAAAGUGUGAAGGAUGCCACAUUCUGCUCAGAAAUAUUGGAACUGAAGGACUCACCUUACUAUUAAUUUCUAAUGAAGUUAACUAUGGGGCAUUCUGAUUUACAAUGUUUUAUUUUUAUUCCAUGAAUGUCGUUUUCAUCUGAUUCCGAACAUUAUGUUACAUUUGGAUAUGUUUUGAGCAACACAUCGGAUGACAUUCUGAGAAGACGGAUGACAUUUGAUGAGUCAUGUGACAUAACAAGACAUAAUUAACAAAUUGUGUAACAAUCUGGCAAGCUAUUUGAUGCAAUUCUGAGUUAUUUGAUGGAUCUUAUGCCAGACAGUGAGAUAUAUUUAAUGAAUCAUCGACAUUCUGAGAUAUUUACAUAGUUAUUUGAUGGAUCUUAUGCCAGACAGUGAGAUAUAUAUUUGAUGAGUAUCAAUGAGAUAUUUACUGACCCAUACAUAGGACAAUAGAUGUAAGCGUGAGACACUGCGAGAUAAAUUUGAUGAGUAUUGAUGAGAUAUUUACUGAGCCGUGAAACAUGAUGAGAUAUAAGCGUGAGACACUGUGAGAUAUAUUUGAUGAUUAUUGAUGAGAUAUUUACUGAGCCGUGAAACAUGAUGCGAUAUAAGCGUGAGACACUGUGAGAUAUAUUUGAUGAGAUAUUUACUGAGCCGUGAAACAUGAUGCGAUAUAAGCGUGAGAGAUCAAAGUCGAGCUCCAGUGUGAUUCCACUUAGUUAUGAAGUAAUUUGGUUGCAGCAGCCAUCCAGACUUAGUGGAGAAAAAAUUCCGAUUCACUAUAGAGCUAACAAAAAGCCCAUAGUGCCAGCACCUGCCUGCGCUCACGAUUAUAGCACCCCAGAUAUCAUUCAGGACACGGAGGAGAGCGGCCGAAAUUCACGCUCUAGCGCAAACUUGUCCCCAAAGACGCAAAAAGCCCCUGCUUUCUUGCCAGGAGAUAGAGUAAUAUUUGCUGAAUCGCCCUCUGCCCCAGGCAUUCCUGUUGUUUACAGAACUCCAGAGGAGAGAUCCUCCAACCCAGACAGACUCAACCUAGACAGACGGAAACUGUCAGUAUGUCCAAUUUUGGAGGGCGAGGACCAGUUAAGACUGUUGAACUACCAGCACAACAUGAUCACCAAAAUCCAGCAUCUGAGCUCAUUAAAACGACUCAUUUUUCUGGAUUUAUACGACAAUCAGAUCGAGGAAAUAUCUGGACUCAGCUCACUAAAAUCUCUCCGAGUGUUAAUGUUGGGCAAAAACAGAAUAAAGAAGAUAGAGAACUUGGAUACUCUGACAAAACUUGAUGUGUUAGAUUUACACGGGAAUCAGAUUUCACUGAUAGAGAACCUGAACCAUUUAUCUGAACUCCGCGUGUUGAACCUGGCUGGUAACCAGAUAGUAAACGUGGACAAUCUGAUGGGGAUGGACAGUCUGGCGGAGUUAAAUCUGAGACGAAACCGGAUCAAGACAGUGCUGGAUGUGGACACUUUGCCAAGUUUGCAGCGGCUGUUCUUGAGCUUCAAUGACAUCAGCAGUUUUGAGGACAUAUCGUCGCUGUCGGAUUCUGCGAGUCUGUCGGAGAUCUCACUGGAUGGAAAUCCAAUCACUCAGGAGCAGUACUACAAACAGAUUGUACUGCGACACAUGCAACAACUUAAGCAGCUGGACAUGAAGAGAGUAACGGAGGAAGAACGACGGAUCGCCCUUGUGAUGGCACGUAAGGAAGAAGAAAAGAAAAAGGAAUCAAACCGGACAAAUGUUAUGAAAAUGGUGCACACACCAGACCGCCCACCUGGAGGGGAAAAGAAGCGUCUUGCCAUUAACAAUGCCAAGCGACAGUGGGAAGUGAUGCAGGGCUCGAUGAUUAACCGUACUGGAAAACUAGUCAAAAUGCCGGAGCUGUACGCUAAUCAUGUGGGUUCUGUUGCUAAUUCUGUCCUAAUUUCACCGUCAAACGAUGAAAAUCUCGAGGUGGAGUCCGUAAACAGCGAGUCGAAGCAGAGCAGUCGAGGAGGGUCACGACCUACUAGUGCGCAGAGCGCGGCAGACGAGAGGCCCCGCACGGGGAACAAAGUGCAGCAAUUCAAAUCAGAAGCACAGAAGACAGGGCAGCUCAAAGAAACGGUCAUAUUUGGGAACCAGGGUCGGUACGCAAAUGACCUCAAUAAUUUGGCGGAUUUAGAGGGGGAUAGUUUGACAAUGUAUGGUCCACAAUCCUUAGAGGCACUGGACAGAAACUGGGGGAUGCAGGCUGCGGGAGCAGUCACUCAUGUCGUGUUCAAGUUCAUUGACUUUGUGGAUAUUGCUAAGCAUUUACACAAGAUCAGAACACGGUUCCCAGGGGUACAGAGCAUCACCUUCAGUUCCACAAACAUCCAGUCCUUAGUUCAGAUUAAUGCACUCUCUACUGUCCGACGGCUGGAUAAUCUGACCAUUGAUCUCGACGGAAACCCCAUCACAAAAUUCACCUUGUGGCGCAUGUACGUUAUCUUCAGACUGGCGCACUUCGCUCUGAAAAAGAUCAACGAUGUCGAGAUCUCAGCGGCAGAUAUUGUUAAUGCAGAAAAGUUAUUUGGACCAGUGUCUCAUAUCACCACAUCUCAGCUUCCACAAUCACGACUUUUGUCUCUUAUUGGGGAGACCCGUGACAGGCAAAGCAUGGGACCUUCAGAUGAGUUAAUGUACAUUAAAAUGAAUGUGGGAUUUCUCCCCAAACGAACAUCCCCAAGAGAAGAAUUGGUAAACCACAAGGCAAUGGGAUCCUCGUUGUCAAAUGUCACUGCCAUUAGCAGCACCAAGAUGGAAAUCAAAGCCAAACCAAGGCUCCGCAGAAGUUGGUCUGUGACUCCGACAUGGGGAUCUUCGUCUCCCACCAUGAAGAGCACAAUCUGUAGUGGGUACAGUUUUGGGCGGCCAAAGCUCAGCAGAAAUGUUUGGGGACAUUCCCCAGAGCCGACCCAGUUACAGGAUUUUGUGCCCCUCCCUGGGAUGAAGGUGUCUCUGAAACUGAUAGAAGUUCACACUCAGCCUGAGGUUGUACAAAGUGACGAGGUUGAAAGACCCUGUGUGAGAAAACAGCUCCUGACAAUGGGUGAGGAUAAAACUAAGAAAAUUCUGGAGGGAAAGCUUGAUAAAUCUCAGGGUGAAUUUGUGGGACGCUCAGGCCUUACCUACCAAACACAGGAGUCAGUAGCUUCCAAAAAUCAAGAUUCUUCGAAUAAAAGACAAUUUGCCAAAAACUACAUCAGUGAAAUCACAAAAGAGACUGUUUUCACAGACAGAAAGAAAAACGAAUUCCUGAAGCAAUGGCCAUUAAUUUUCCAUGAAAUGGUGUAUAGUGCUGUGACAGAUAUGUCUGACAUGCAGGGUUACAUGAAGAAAUGUCUUGAGGAGUUGGAGAAGAGCUAGUGAUGACCAGGAGGAGCAGAGAGGCAGGUCUAACCUUGUGCAGGAAAAUUCUUGUGUGUGGAAAUUCUCAGGACUUGGGGCAAUGCAAAAUUAAGUUUCAAAGAGAAAGAUUUCUGAAGAGAAAGUUUUGGGAGAAGAAUCGACUUCAGAUCUGUUCUUUGUGGAUAGUGGGACCCAACUUAGCAGACAAAAGCAGCCAUUUAGUGGACCACUUUUCUGUGAGAAGUUCAUUUUGAAGGAGAUUGUUUUUGUGAAGACACGAGGCAGUCCUGACGAAGACUGCAAGGUCACCGGAGGUCAGCACCAAAGGUCGCCCUCACGUGAACCUUCUUUUCACAAGUUUGUGUGAUUUUCGAGUCCGAGACACUUUGUCCUUAUUUUGUGAGGCAGUCUACAAGAAGAUGAUUUAAAGUGCCAUGCAGAAACCAUCCAUCUAGACUAACAUGUGCUAUAUAUCAGUCAAUUAGAGCCCAUGUCUUUCAUGUACAGUGUGUGGAUAACUUUUCAGUUGCCCAGCUUCACAUGCUGCAGUAAAAUUGUGUUAAUCCAUGACUUGUCUCCCUUCCAUACACAGAAAAUCUCCCCAUAUAUAAUAAUUUUGUGCCAACCAACACAGUACGUAGAUAUUCUUGCAUUUAAUUUAAUUUUCUAUCAGUUUUGAAACCUUGGCAAGAUUCUGUACAUUUAUUUGGGACCAUUAUUAUUCCACAGGUUUGGAUAAUUUUUUGUGUGUACAUUUGUUAUACAGAGAGAGAGAGAGAGAGAGAGAGAGGAGAGGUUUUCUGAAUUCUUGAAUAUGCAUGUGUUUAAAUAUUGUUUCUGGUAUUUGGAGUGAAAUAAAGGGCAGUCAUGUUUUGUUUGAAAGUUAAGUAUGAAAACAUAUUGCAAGUUAUUUGGAUUGAUAGGAAAGGCUUGAGAGUGUGCUGGUAUAAUUGGUGUUUGUAUGAAGUUCAUUGUUACAUGAUAGAUGUCUUCUGACAACAAGUUACAAUAUCUUUUGUUAUUUCACUGUCUUUAAUGGUGUACAAAACCAAAACGGAUCAGAUUAGAUAAAAUAUGAGGGUGGUAUCGCCAUCUGAAUAUGUUAAACUUUUUAGUUCUAAGUUAAUCUUUGUACACAAACUAAUUGAAAUUCAUUCAUAAGUUCAUAAAGGUUAUUCAUAGGUCCUAAGAACUGUCCCCACAUUUAUUACUGUUUUAAGGUGGAGCAAGAGAUAGCUUUUACAUUGAUACACAGUAAAACACAGUUAUAGUGAACCUCCAGGGCCAGCAGAAAAUAGUUCGUUAUAACCCAACUUCAUUAUACAGUAAAACAUGGUUAUAUCAAACCUCCAGGGCCAGCAGAAAAUAAUUUGUUAUAACCAAACUUCAUUUUACAGUAAAACACAGUUAAAGCAAACCUCCGGGGCCAGCAGAAAAUAGUUCAUUAUAACCAAACUUCAUUAUACAGUAAAACACGGUUAUAGCAAACCUCCAGGGCCAGCAGAAAGCAGUUCAUUAUUAUAACCAAAGUUUGUUAUAUUUAAUAAUAUUUUCCUAUCAUAGGGGAAUAAAUUAAAUAUCAUUUCGCAAUAAGCAUGAAUUCGUUAUAAGUGUGUUCAUUAUAAGGGUGUUUUAUGAUAUCACUUAAAUUUCUCUGAAAUGAUUUUGACAGGAAGUCCUUUAAACUUCUUACCAGAAAUCUAGGGAGGGGGGGGGGGGCUAGUUGAAAAUCAAUGUCGGCAGAUAAUUAUAAUUUAGCCAACCCCCUUCUCUCCUCCAGCUCUGCUUAAACCCCUUUAGUAUGCACUUUUCAGAAAAAUCUUGUGUUAUUUCCCCUGUAAGUGGAUCUGAUCAAAAUUGUGGGAAAUGACCAAUGGUACAUUAUACAGUUGUUAUUUUUUGGAUGUUGUAUUGAGUCAGGAAGAUAUUAUUUACAGCUAUUUUCUGAUGACAACUUUUAGCACUUUGUUGACAUUUUUGUACAAUGUACACUUCAAUUUCUACUAAAACUUGCAUUUGUGAUACUUUAGAAUCAUAAGUACAUAUAGAUACAGUUCUCCUAAGAGACCCAGUUAUAUAAUAUUACAGUUCUCCUAAGAGACCCAGUUAUAUAAUAUUACAGUUCUCCUAAGAGACCCAGUUAUAUAAUAUUUUCACGACACUUGUACAUUUUGUAUUCAAUUUGUAUGCAACACAGGUUACUCUGUGAUUUCAGUGUCCGUCUUAUUGAGUAUAUCUAUGGCAAUGCUUGAAAGGUUAUUUAUUAAAGGGACAAAACCCUUGUAAAAUAAAGGCGUUACAUUG